ACAAUAAUCACACAUUUGCAAGGUCUUAGUAAUAUUAAAAAAAUAAAAUAAAAAUUAGCAUCAUCUUUUUUUUACCUGCACAGGUGAGAUAAAUCAGCUGUAUAUGAUGAAUACAUCAAAAAGCGGGUAUUUUCUGUUUAUUAAAGAAACAAAUAAACAAAGUUCACAUGUGACCUACUUUUAAUCCUAUGGGUUGAAUUAUAUUUUUCCGGGUGUGUUCGGGGUAUUUUUUUUUUUUAAUUAAUACAACUGACUUUACACACAAGUAAAUAAAUAAAGAAAUAAACGUGUUCGGUAAAUAUGGUUGAGAAAUGUUGUAGAAAUAAAUUGCAGCACAGCACCGUUACAGGGCAGCGUCAUGUUUUGUGACUGCAAUGCCUUUUUAGAGGCGAUGGGCGUUUCUGGACGUAGAUGGCGCUGUUGAGCAUAUAUUUUGUUUCAGUCCCGUUUCCCUCCAUGGUUUCCCCUCUCUCCGACUAACUUAGCGUUAGGCUCAGUUCAUUAUACAGUCCUAUAUUCUCCCUCCAUUAGGGCAUCUCUGCCUUUGGACUGAAGAUCCCACCAAAACCCAAGAGAGAAAAGUUUCACUUCCACGGGGGCAAGAUGGACAUGAAGAAGAGGAUCCACUUGGAGCUAAGAAACAGGACACCGUCUGAUGUACGAGAACUCGUCCUUGACAAUUGUCGAUCAGUUGAAGGAAAAAUCGAGGGCCUCACAGCUGAGUUUGUCGACCUGGAAUUCCUCAGUUUGAUAAAUGUCGGCCUAAUGUCAGUCUCCAACCUGCCUAAACUAGGAAAACUGAGAAGGCUGGAGUUGAGUGACAACAGAAUCAGUGGCGGCCUUGAUGUUUUAGCAGAGAAACUUCCCAACCUCACACAUCUAAACCUGAGUGGCAACAAAUUGAAAGACAUCAGCACGUUGGAACCAUUGAAAAAGCUGGACAACCUGAAGAGUUUGGACCUGUUCAACUGUGAAGUGACAAACCUCAACGACUACAGAGAGAGCGUGUUCAAACUGCUGCCCCAGCUCACCUACCUGGACGGCUACGACUUGGAGGACAGGGAAGCCUCCGACUCCGACGGAGAGGUGGACGGAGACGGCGUGGACGACGAUGAAGACGAAGAGGGAGAGGAGGAGGAGGACGAGGACGGAGAGGAGGAGGACUUUGACGAGGAAGAGGAGGACGAGGAAGACGAGGAGGAGGUAGAAGGAGAAGAAGAUGACGAGGAAGUCAGUGGUGAUGAUGAGGAGGAAGACUUCGGUCAAGACGGAGAAGUAGAUGAAGAGGAUGAAGAUGAGGAGGAAGAUGAAGAUGAAGCAGAAGCCGGCAAAGGCGAGAAGAGAAAGCGAGACCAAGAGGACGACGAUGACGACGACGACGACGAAGACGACGAUUAAAAGCAAAACUGAAAACGAGAGCCUACCGAGUUACCCUUCCUCCCCCCCACAAACCCCCAACGUCCGCCCUCCUUACAAGUCGCACCGCCUUUGUAAUCCACGUCUACCCGCCCAGCUCAGAGCUCUUUUUAUGGGGCAAGACUGUACCGGAUGGGUGGGCCGAGUGGAGCUGCCCCCCCUGCCCCCC